CCCGGGUGAGACCCAAUGGGGCGGCGGGCUCCGCAGCUCCGCCCCGGUUGGGCCCCGGCCACCCGGGCCAGCCGAGUCCCCGCCGCUCAGCCUGGUGCAGCGGCGCGCUCAGACCUCGCGUGUUCGGGAUGGCCGUUUACCUACGGGCCGUGCACGCUCUGCAAAGCCCCUGGCUCGGCGCGAGCCUGGGCGCCGGCCGUCCUGACUGUCCCCAGCUGGCCGGAGCAGCCCCGGCGCCAAUAUGCUGACAAGAGGAUCAAGGUGGAGAAGCCAGUGGUGGAGAUGGAUGGCGAUGAGAUGACCCGUAUCAUCUGGCAAUUCAUCAAGGAGAAGCUCAUCCUGCCUCACGUGGAUGUCCAGCUCAAGUAUUUUGACCUCGGGCUUCCAAAUCGUGACCAGACCAAUGACCAGGUCACUAUUGACUCUGCUCUGGCCACCCAGAAGUACAGUGUAGCUGUCAAGUGUGCUACAAUCACCCCUGAUGAGGCUCGUGUGGAAGAAUUCAAGCUGAAGAAAAUGUGGAAGAGCCCUAAUGGAACCAUCCGGAACAUCCUUGGGGGAACCGUCUUCAGAGAGCCUAUCAUCUGCAAAAACAUCCCCCGCCUUGUCCCUGGCUGGACCAAGCCCAUUACCAUUGGCAGGCACGCCCACGGCGACCAGUACAAGGCCACAGACUUUGUGGUAGAUCGAGCUGGCACGUUCAAGAUGGUCUUCACCCCAAAGGACGGCAGCAGUGCCAAAGAGUGGGAGGUGUACAACUUCCCUGCCGGCGGCGUGGGCAUGGGGAUGUACAACACUGACGAGUCCAUUUCGGGCUUUGCGCACAGCUGCUUCCAGUACUCUAUCCAGAAGAAGUGGCCGCUCUACUUGAGCACGAAGAACACCAUUCUGAAGGCCUAUGACGGGCGUUUCAAGGACAUCUUCCAGGAGAUCUUUGACAAGCACUAUAAGACUGACUUUGACAAGAAUAAGAUCUGGUACGAGCAUCGGCUCAUUGACGACAUGGUGGCCCAGGUGCUCAAGUCUUCAGGUGGCUUUGUGUGGGCCUGCAAGAACUAUGACGGAGAUGUACAGUCUGACAUCCUGGCUCAAGGCUUUGGCUCCCUUGGCCUGAUGACGUCUGUGCUGGUCUGCCCUGAUGGGAAGACAAUUGAGGCUGAGGCCGCCCAUGGGACAGUCACCCGCCAUUACCGAGAGCACCAGAAGGGCCGACCCACCAGUACCAACCCCAUCGCCAGCAUCUUUGCCUGGACACGCGGGCUAGAGCAUCGAGGGAAGCUGGAUGGGAACCAGGACCUCAUCCGGUUCUCGCAGACUCUGGAGAAGGUGUGCGUGGAGACUGUGGAGAGUGGAGCUAUGACCAAGGACCUGGCUGGCUGCAUCCAUGGCCUCAGCAAUGUGAAGCUGAAUGAACACUUCUUGAACACCACAGACUUCCUGGACACCAUUAAGAGCAACCUGGACCGAGCUCUGGGCAAGCAGUAGGGGCGGAUACUGCCCAACUGCUGUGGGCACUCCAUACAUGGUAGAGGGUGAGCUUCACAGCCCCUCUCUGGUGGCCUUUCUAGGGGUUAGUUUUUCUAUGAUGGAGAUGUUUUUAAAUAUGUGAGUUUUUCCCUCACGGUGGAUGCUAGGCAGGAGCAGUGUGCGUUACCUCAGCCAGUCAGUGUGUUUUGCAUACUGUAAUUUAUACUGCUCUGAUUCACAUGGUGCCAUAUUUAGCUACUAAAAAGCUCUUUGCAAAA